ACCUCGGGAUCCGAAUCUGCACAACUACCGGUGCAGGCGCCUGUGCGAGAGGCCGGCGGAGACCCGCGGCCCCUACGGACCCCGUCGGGUGGCUGCGCCCGCUCUGCGGCUCGCGUCUCCCACCGAGCCACCCUUCUUCUUUGGAUCACCUGGGUGAAACUUCAGAAUUGAGUCUCCCAUAAUGCUGACUGUGACCUGAUUUCCAAGAUUUUUAUAAGAAGAAUCAAAAGAACUACACAAUCAGGAUGUACAAUCACGCUAUCCAAUAGAAAUGGCGUGUGAACAUGUAUGUAGUUUCCUGGUUGCUAUAUUAAGGUGUUAGAGAUGACCUCAAGAUAGACUCAAAAGCAAGACUGACGACCACCUCUGAGGUGGAAUAAGGUACUCGUGCGGAUGGUGGCGGCCUGUGCUGGGAAGUCAUUCCAGUGUCCCUGCAGCAAGUUGGCUACCAGGUUAAACGUUGCUAGCAUGGAUGAUGCUGCUGUCUGAAUAUCCAUGGCCAUGGCACAAGAGCACAAGAAAGCAUGGGAUUACACCAAGCACAGAAUCCCUGUAAUUCAAGUUCCAUUCAGUUUCUUCUGAAAGCAAGUCAUCUUUUGAAGUGACCCAAAGGAGCUAUUGUGGAUUAUAAUGCUCUGAAGAUCUGGAUUUUCAGUGACUUGAAAAUAAGGUGUCUUUUAACCUUUUAAAUGAAAGAAAUUAAGCUCUAAUGCCACUGUUGUGUUUUCCGGAAGCCAUUGUCCGAAAGGAAAGUGCACAAUUAAAGGACAGACGUGAUGAUCCUCUCGGCAGGGGUUUCAGUCUGAUUGAGUUGGCAUCAUGACCAGCCUGAAACGGUCACAGACCGAGAGACCCGUGGCCACCGACAGGGCCUCCAUGGUCGGCGCAGAUGGCGCCCCCAAAGUCCACACCGAUGACUUCUACAUGCGGCGCUUCCGGUCCCAAAAUGGUAGCUUAGGAUCAUCAGUCAUGGCUCCUGUGGGGCCACCCCGCAACGAAGGCUCGCAUCACAUAACCUCGACCCCCGGAGUCCCAAAAAUGGGGGUUCGGGCAAGAAUUGCGGAUUGGCCCCCACGGAAAGAAAACAUAAAAGAAUCAAGCCGUUCAAGCCAGGAAAUAGAAACCUCAAGUUGCCUUGAAAGCUUGUCCUCCAAAAGCAGUCCUGUGAGUCAGGGAAGUUCUGUUAGCCUCAAUUCCAGUGACUCAGCCAUGCUGAAGAGCAUACAGAACACACUCAAGAACAAGACGAGGCCGGCGGAGAACAUGGACUCCCGCUUUCUGAUGCCCGAAGCCUAUCCCAGCUCCCCUAGGAAAGCGCUUCGCAGAAUCCGGCAGCGGAGCAAUAGUGACAUUACCAUAAGUGAGCUUGAUGUGGAUAGCUUUGACGAAUGUAUCUCACCCACAUACAAGAGUGGGCCAUCGCUGCACAGGGAAUAUGGGAGCACAUCUUCAAUUGACAAACAGGGGACAUCUGGAGACAGUUUCUUUGACUUGUUCAAGGGCUACAAAGAUGACAAAUCUGACCGAGGUCCAACCCCAACCAAGCUCAGUGAUUUUCUCAUCACCGGAGGGGGCAAGGGUUCUGGCUUCUCUUUGGAUGUUAUAGAUGGCCCCAUUUCACAGAGAGACCACCUCAGGCUGUUUAAGGAAAGGGAGAAACCACUCAAGCGGCGUUCCAAGUCUGAGACUGGAGACUCAUCCAUUUUUCGUAAAUUACGCAAUGCAAAAGGUGAUGAACUUGGAAAAUCAUCAGAUCUUGAGGAUAACCGAUCAGAAGAUUGCGUCAGGCCCUGGACGUGCCCCAAAUGCUUUGCCCACUACGAUGUCCAGAGCAUACUGUUUGAUCUGAACGAGGCGAUUGUAAACAGGCACAAUGUUAUUAAGAGGAGAAACACCACCACAGGAGCCUCGGCAGCCGCUGUGGCGUCUUUGGUCUCUGGCCCUUUGUCCCAUUCUGCCAGCUUCAGCUCCCCAAUGGGCAGCACCGAGGACCUGAACUCCAAAGGAAGCCUCAGCAUGGACCAGGGGGAUGACAAGAGCAAUGAGCUUGUCAUGAGCUGCCCUUACUUUCGGAAUGAGAUAGGUGGCGAGGGUGAAAGGAAGAUCAGCCUGUCGAAAUCCAAUUCUGGCUCCUUUAGUGGAUGUGAAAGUGCCUCCUUUGAGUCUACCCUCAGCUCCCACUGCACCAAUGCUGGAGUGGCAGUCCUUGAAGUGCCCAAGGAGAACUUGGUGUUGCAUUUAGAUCGAGUGAAAAGGUACAUCGUGGAGCACGUGGAUCUCGGCGCCUACUAUUACAGGAAGUUUUUCUACCAGAAGGAACACUGGAACUAUUUUGGGGCUGAUGAGAAUCUUGGUCCAGUGGCUGUGAGCAUUCGAAGGGAAAAACCAGAAGAAAUGAAAGAAAGUGGAUCUCCGUACAACUACCGAAUAAUUUUUAGAACUAGUGAGCUCAUGACUCUAAGGGGUUCGGUCCUGGAGGAUGCCAUUCCUUCAACAGCCAAGCACUCAACAGCCCGAGGGCUGCCUCUGAAGGAAGUGCUGGAGCAUGUGAUUCCUGAGCUCAGCGUCCAGUGCCUGCGCUUGGCCUUCAACACCCCCAAGGUCACAGAACAGCUCAUGAAACUGGAUGAGCAAGGGUUGAACUAUCAGCAGAAAGUGGGCAUCAUGUACUGCAAAGCUGGGCAGAGCACUGAAGAAGAGAUGUAUAACAAUGAAGCCGCCGGCCCGGCCUUCGAGGAAUUCCUUCAGCUGCUGGGAGAACGAGUUCGGCUCAAAGGGUUCGAGAAGUACCGUGCACAACUAGACACCAAAACUGACUCCACUGGAACCCAUUCUCUGUACACAACAUACAAGGACUAUGAGAUCAUGUUCCAUGUCUCUACUAUGCUGCCGUACACACCCAACAACAAGCAACAGCUCCUACGGAAGCGGCACAUUGGAAAUGAUAUUGUAACAAUAGUUUUCCAAGAGCCUGGAGCACAACCAUUCAGCCCGAAAAACAUCCGAUCCCACUUUCAGCACGUCUUCGUCAUCGUCAGGGCUCACAACCCUGGCACUGACAGCGUCUGUUACAGCGUGGCCGUCACCAGAUCCAGAGAUGUCCCUUCCUUUGGACCUCCCAUCCCUAAAGGAGUCACUUUCCCUAAGUCAAAUGUGUUCAGGGACUUCCUUUUGGCCAAAGUGAUUAAUGCAGAAAAUGCUGCUCACAAGUCGGAGAAGUUCCGGGCCAUGGCCACUCGGACUCGCCAGGAAUACUUAAAAGAUCUGGCAGAGAAGAAUGUCACCAACACCCCUAUCGACCCCUCUGGCAAAUUCCCAUUCAUCUCUCUGGCCUCUAAGAAAAAAGAGAAAUCUAAGCCAUACCCAGGAGCUGAGCUCAGCAGCAUGGGGGCCAUUGUGUGGGUCGUGCGAGCCAAAGACUACAACACAGCCAUGGAGAUAGAUUGCCUUCUGGGAGUGUCCAAUGAGUUCAUCGUCCUCAUUGAACAAGAAACAAAGAGUGUGGUUUUCAACUGUUCCUGCAGAGAUGUGAUAGGGUGGACGUCAACUGACACAAGCCUCAAAAUCUUCUACGAGCGAGGAGAAUGUGUCUCGGUGGAGAGCUUCAUGAACAGCGAGGACAUCAAAGAGAUCGUCAAACGGUUGCAGUUUGUUUCAAAAGGUUGUGAAUCGGUGGAGAUGACUCUGCGAAGAAAUGGACUUGGACAGCUCGGCUUCCAUGUCAACUACGAGGGCAUUGUGGCCGAUGUAGAGCCCUAUGGCUAUGCCUGGCAGGCAGGGCUGAGGCAGGGCAGCCGCCUGGUGGAGAUCUGCAAGGUCGCUGUGGCCACCCUAAGUCAUGAGCAAAUGAUCGAUCUUCUGAGGACCUCUGUCACGGUGAAGGUUGUCAUCAUCCCCCCACAUGAUGACUGCACCCCACGCAGGAGCUAUUCCGAGACCUUCCGCAUGCCUGUGAUGGAGUACAAAGUGAAUGAUGGAGUUUCCUACGAAUUUAAGUUUCCUUUCCGCAACAACAACAAAUGGCAGCGGAGUGCCAGCAAGGGGCCUCAUGCCCCGCCGGUCCCGGCGCAGGUGCCAAGCCCCAUGACAUCACGACUGAAUGCCGGGAAAGGAGACGGAAAGAUGCCUCCUCCAGAAAGAGCUGCCAACAUUCCUCGGAGCAUCUCCAGUGACGGGCGCCCACUGGAGAGGCGGCUGUCUCCUGGUUCGGACAUCUAUGUGACCGUCUCAUCCAUGGCAUUGGCAAGAUCCCAGUGUCGUAACUCCCCCAGCAACCUUUCUUCAUCCAGUGAGACUGGCUCUGGCGGGGGCACUUACAGACAGAAAUCCAUGCCUGAAGGGUUUGGUGUCAGCCGCAGAUCCCCAGCUUCCAUUGACCGGCAGAACACCCAGUCCGACAUGAGUGGCAGUGGGAAAUCCACACCCAGCUGGCAAAGAAGUGAGGACGGCAUUGUCGACCAGAUUGAACCCACGUGCCACCUCCCAGCUGUUUCCAAGGUCCUGCCAGCUUUCCGAGAGAGCCCCAGUGGGAGAUUAAUGCGGCAGGAUCCAGUGGUUCAUCUUUCUCCAAACAAACAAGGGCAUUCUGACAGCCACUACUCAAGCCACUCCAGCAGCAACACCCUCUCCAGCAACGCAUCGAGCGCCCACAGCGAUGAGAAGUGGUAUGACGGGGACCGAACAGAAUCCGAGCUCAGCAGCUACAACUAUGUGCAAGGCACGUCUGCGGACAGCGGCAUCGACACCACCUCCUAUGGGCCUAGCCACGGGAGCAGCGUCUCCCUGGGAGCUGCCGCCUCAUCUCCUCGCUCAGGGCCGGGCAAAGAGAAAGUCACACCCCUGUGGCACAGUUCCAGUGAGGUGAUCUCCAUGGCUGAUCGGACGCUCGAGACCGAGAGCCCUGGCAUGGACCGGAAAGCAGAAUCCUCCCUGAGCCUGGACAUCCACAGCAAGAGCCAGGUUGGCUCCAGCCCUCUGACCAGGGAGAACAGCACUUUCAGCAUAAAUGACGCCGCCUCCCACACCAGUACCAUGAGCUCGCGACACUCAGCCAGCCCCGUCGUCUUCUCCAGUGCCAGAAGCUCCCCCAAGGAAGAGCUGCACCCCGCCGCCACCCCUCAGCUUGCUCCAUCCUUCUCAUCAUCGUCCUCCACCACUUCUGGUCCUAGGACCUUCUACCCCCGCCAGGGGGCCACCAGCAAGUAUCUGAUUGGAUGGAAAAAACCUGAAGGGACCAUCAACUCCGUGGGAUUUAUGGACACGAGAAAGCGUCAUCAGAGUGACGGCAGCGACAUGGCUCCCGCCAGGCUGCGGGCGUCCACCCGGGACCUCCGCGCGUCCCCCAAACCAGCCUCCAAGUCCACCAUUGAGGAGGACCUGAAGAAACUGAUCGACCUGGAGAGCCCAACGGCUGACUCUCAGAAGAAUUUUAAGUUCCACGCACUAUCCUCCCCUCAGUCCCCCUUCCCCAGCACCCCUACCUCGAGGCGGGCACUGCACCGCACGCUGUCAGACGAGAGCAUCUACAGCAGCCAGCGGGAGCACUUUUUCACCUCGAGGGCUUCACUCCUGGACCAGGCCUUGCCCAAUGAUGUCCUCUUCAGCAGCACGUACCCAUCCCUCCCCAAAUCCCUGCCACUACGGAGGCCUUCGUACACUCUGGGAAUGAAGUCUCUGCACGGAGAGUUCUCUGCCUCGGACAGCUCCCUCACCGACAUCCAGGAGACUCAGCGGCCUAUGCCGGACCCUGGCCUGAUGCCCCUGCCCGACACUGCUGCCGAUCUGGACUGGUCCAACUUGGUCGAUGCUGCCAAAGCCUACGAGGUCCAGAGAGCCUCCUUUUUCGCUGCUAGUGAAGAAAAUCACCGUCCCCUGAGUGCCGCCUCCACCAGCGACCAGCUUGAUGACCAGGCUCUGGCCCAGAUGAAGUCAUACAGCAGCAGCAAGGACUCCUCUCCCACCUUGGCCUCGAAGGUGGACCAGUUGGAAGGCAUGCUGAAGAUGCUGCGCGAAGACCUAAAGAAGGAAAAAGAGGACAAAGCCCACCUGCAGGCAGAAGUGCAGCACCUGCGAGAAGAUAACCUGAGGCUGCAGGAGGAGUCCCAGAACGCGUCGGACAAACUCAAGAAGUUCACGGAAUGGGUCUUCAACACCAUAGACAUGAGUUAGGGCCGGCCAGGAGGUGCGGGCAGGGCAAGGCAGGGCCAGCCGCGCUGUGUCCUCAGAGCUCCUGCCCCAACUCCCAGUGUCACCCCUCCCAGAGUGCACAACACAGCAAUCGCAGGUCAGCCGUCAUUAUCUGCCUUUUGUAGAAAAGAAAAACAAAAAAACUAAUUUUAAAAAGUAAAAUAAAAGUUUAACUGCUAAAAUGUGAAUGUCUUUAUUUUUUUGCACAAUAUCCUUACCUGUUAUGUAUUAAAAGAGGAAGCCGGGUCGAGGAGCAGGGCGACCGGGCCCGUCCACCUUCUAGCUGCAGCUGCUUCCCUGGCCACUGCAGGGGAUCCAGCUCUCCCUUGCCAUCUUCAUGAACGUCACGGUUCCUAGGAAAACAAAUGGGGUUUAAUUUUUUUUUACCUUGUUAAUCUGGGGAAGUGGAGAAGGCUUUUCCUUACCACCUUUCCUAAAAUGCCUGGUGAGGAACACGCUUUGAGAGAACACCCUCCUGCCCAGAAUGGCUUGUGUGUGAGCCAGCACCGCUUGCACCUGCCUCCCAGACUACGGCAGGAACUGCCAAGGCACAGCCACCAGCCUGGAAGCCAAGAGGCACCCGUGGGGUCCAUGGGCCAUGCUCCUUCGCAGGCCUGUGUGGUGACGUCACUCCUUCCAGCCAGGCCUCUUCAGCUGAAGGGAGCAUCAUCACGAACUUGCAAUCCAGCUCACUAC